ACGGCCGUAUUUAUCCAACCUGAUCGAUCCCCAACCGCACGCACCCGAGUCCACCAAAAAAUCCCCCCAUCCAUCCCCGCACCGCCGCACGCACGCAUCCCCGCACCGCGACCAUGGCUCGUCGGAGCGGCCUGAUACUGCUACUCGCCGCCGCCGCCGUCGCCUCCGCGGCCGUGCCGCCGUCGUGCGAGCGCAUCGAGUGCCCGGCGUACGAGGUGGUGGACAGCGCCAACGGGUUCGAGAUCCGGCGGUACAGCGACGCCAUGUGGGCGUCCACCGCCCCCAUCGAGGACAUCUCCUUCGUCGCCGCCACCCGCACCGGCUUCCUCCAGCUGUUCAACUACAUCCAGGGGAAGAACGCGCGCAACGAGACGAUCGAGAUGACGGCGCCGGUGCUGACGCAGGUGGCGCCGAGCGACGGGCCGUUCUGCGUCUCCUCCUUCGUGGUCAGCUUCUACGUGCCGAAGAAGAACCAGCCGGACCCGCCGGCGGCGGAGGGGCUGCACGUGCAGAGGUGGGCUGGCGCCAGGUACGCCGCCGUGCGCCGCUUCGGUGGCUUCGUGGCCGACGUCGGCGAGCAGGCCGCGCUGCUCGACGCCAGCCUGCAGGGGACCAGGUGGGCCGCCGCCGUCUCCGACGGGCGCAGGGCCGACCCGACGUCAUCGUACACGGUGGCGCAGUACAACUCGCCGUUCGAGUUCAGCGGCAGAGUCAACGAGAUAUGGAUGCUCUUCGACGCCAAGGACGCAUCCGACAUGUAAUUGAGGUGCCGGCAGUUCGAAGCUGAAGUAGUAGACUCGAUCGUAUAGCAAGUGCUUCUCCAUUAUCUUGAAACCCUGAUCAGACGAAUAAUGGCAUCUUAAAGCCUUAAACUAAUCUCAUGAGUAUCGAGAUUAACAAUGAGUUAUGUUAUUCAA